GCUGCAUCUGUGGAUUCCCUGGUGGAUGAGUUCCCGACCCUGGGAGACUCCAUGCUGGGUCGCAAGCCCCCUGGCUACUUUAGCUACAGCAGCAGCACACAGUCCUAUACUGAGAGUGAUACGGCCAGUAUCACGUCAGAGGGCAGUGUAUCAAGUGGUGCCAAGCCAAAGGCAGGAGGAGCAGCAGCAGCAGCUUCUACAGCUCGUCGCAGUGUUGCCAGUUCACUAGCAGCACAGUUUCCAGAGUUUGCACCCGUGGAGCAAGGCAUUGGUCGGGGCUUGCCAGUGGCCGGACCAAGCACUGUGCAGGUUCCGGGGAGCAACUCCGCUUUCCGAGUGCCGAGACAGCCCCGCACCGAGCCAGCCUACAUCAAGAUCCGGAAGCCAUCGGACGACUCUGUUGGUGGCAAAGGCAUGGGAAGAGGCAACUUUUGAAAACUUCCAACAACCAUUCCUGCCUACGUGCCUUAUGUUCAUGACAAACUGUGAUUGAACUCUUGACACUGUGGCGAGCGCGCCACAUUUUUUUUUUAAAAACUACCCUAGGCAUUUGUUUGUUUUUAUUCUUGUCAAAAGUGUUGACCUUCUGUGUUGUGUGAAAUAAAUGUCCCAGUUUUUAGGUUUC